CAGACGAGGUGAUGUUAGCUACACAGCAUUUCAAAACUAAAGGAGCUUACAAAAGAAGCAAAUACUAGAGCUAAGAAACAGCAAUGGGUGGUAAAGAUAGUCCUACGCCUUGCCUUGUCUCUGAUAGCCCCCAUCAACAGGAAAGAAUCGGUUCUCCUUCUUUUUCUCCAUUGAAGAGGAAAGACUCCAUCUGCUCUUCUGGCAGCAGCGCCUCGAGUUGUAGCACCUCUUCGGGCCAUCUUUCUUCAGUCGGGCGGACCCCCAGUAUUCGCUACGUUCCUCGCAGCAAGUCUUCAAUCAACCUGGAGAUGAGAAGAAAGUUCAGCGACAUUGUAUCUCCUGUGCCAGAGCCCCGCCGAGGCGGUAGCACGAGGAAGGGAUCGUCCACUCUCAACAGAGAAGGAAGUUUCCAUCAGCAACAGCAUAGAGAGAGAUCGUAUGCUAGUCUCCCUCGGUCUUCAGCUAGUAGCUGCACUGAAGGAUCCUCUCCAAUUUCUCUUAAAUGCGUUCUAGUUGGUGACAGUGCUGUUGGGAAGACUUCCCUACUGCAGACAUACACGAGUGAUAAAUUCACUGCUACUCACACCCCAACCAUCUAUGACAAAUUCUCAACUUCUUUGACAGUUCUCGGCCAAAGAGUAAACAUGACACUCUGCGAUACUUCGGGUUCAGAUGAUUUUGGACACCUCAGACCUCUCUGCUACCCUCAGGCUGACAUUGUUCUUGUACUCUUCUCUGUCACUGAUUACUCUUCAUUUGAGAAUGCUCGUGGCCGCUGGCUUAAGGAAGUCAAGAGGCACUGUCCGGGUAUACCGGUAUUACUAAUAGGGACUCAAGUUGAUAAGAGAGACAACGGUACCCUAUUAAGAGAUUUCAGAUCAUCAAACAAGAAAUAUGUAACAAGGUCCGAAGGAACUAAAGCAGCAGCUUCCAUGAAGGCAGUAUCUUACAUAGAGUGUUCGGCUAAGUCUAAGACUAAUGUAAAGACUGCAUUUGAUGAGGCCAUUGCAACAGCACUAGAGAUGAAUCACUCGUCAAAAUCGAAAGAAAGCUGCUCGAUAUUGUAAUUGGACUCUACACUGACACACACACUUUUCUCACCACCACUGAUAAACUCUAUUCCUUUUCUGCUGAUCCUACCCCACCCCCACUCACUUUGUAUUAUAGUGUCAUUAUAAACUAUACACUACUGCUCUAUAAUUAUAUAUUAUUGAUAGAUCUAUAUAUGUAAUGUGCAUCAACUCUGGCAGUUGGUGUCUCAUUCAUUUCUUCAUUCAAUAUUUUUGUGUUCAUUCAUUAUUUUUAUUAUUGUUUGCUUCGAGAGCAAACUUCACAGAAUUAUCAAA